AUGGGUUUCGGAAAUUUCUUGGUUUUAACGAUCUCGUGCUUGAUUUGCAUCUGUCAUGGAUUCACACCUCCGGAUAAUUACUUAAUCAACUGUGGCUCUCCCGACAAUUCGACAGUUAUGGAUCGAGUCUUCAUGUCCGAUAAGCUUGCCUCGAACUUACUUACCUCUCCCAAAGAGAUCCUCGCUAGUCAAGACAGCAACUCCGGUCCCGGCAUUUACCUUACGGCGAGAGUCUUCACUGGAGUCUCUACCUACAAAUUCUCUAUCACUCGUGGUCGUCAUUGGGUUCGUCUCCAUUUCGAUCCUUUCGAUUACCAAAACUUCCAAAUGGGUUCAGCUAAAUUCGCAGUUUCGUCGCAAACUCAUGUGCUUUUAAGCGAUUUCACGGUUAAGAAGAGGAUUGUUAAAGAGUACUCUUUGAAUGUGACCACGGAUGAUCUAGUGCUCACGUUUACUCCCUCCGGUAGUUCGUUUGCCUUUGUGAACGCCAUUGAGGUUAUAUCUGUCCCCGACACAUUGAUCACUGCUUCUCCAAAGUUUAUAGGCAACUCUGCGACGUUUCAGCAGAGCAUGUCAUCGCAGGCUCUCGAAACCAUUCAUAGAGUGAACAUGGGCGGUCCGCUUGUUACGCCUAACAACGAUACUCUUACUAGAACUUGGCAGCCUGACUCGGAUUUUUUGCUUGAGAAGAAUCUAGCUAAGACCGUGUCUAAGCCGGCAGCAGUUAAGUUUGUUCCCAGCUAUGCCACAGAGGAUACUGCGCCAAGAACCGUCUACGGUACUUGCACUGAGAUGAAUUCCGUGGAUAACCCGAGUAGCAAUUUCAAUGUCACAUGGGAAUUCGAGGUGGACCCGGGUUUUCAGUACUAUUUCCGUUUCCAUUUCUGCGAUAUUGUGAGCUUGUCUCUCAACCAGCUCUAUUUCGAUGUUUAUGUCGACUCACUGGUUGCUGUUUUGAAUGUCGAUCUUAGCACUUAUGUUAACACACUGGCUGGUGCAUACUCCAUGGAUUUUGUCACGCAGUCACCAAAGGGUACUAAUAAAAUCCGUGUGAGCAUUGGUCCAUCGGCUCUUAACACCGAUUAUCCGAACGCGAUUGUGAACGGACUGGAGAUCAUGAAGAUGAAUAACUCUAAGGGUCAGCUAAGCAUCGGGACAUUUGUGCCCGGUAGUAGUCCGAGCACUAAGCAGAAGAAUGUCGGGUUGAUUAUAGGUGCAACUAUUGGUCCGUUGCUCGCAUUAGUCUUCUUGGGAAGUUGCUUCUUUGUGUUGUUUAAGAAGCGGAAACGCAGCCAAGAUGGUCAUUCGAAGACUUGGAUGCCGUUUUCGAUAAAUGGAACAUCGGGGGGAAGCAAAUACUCCAAUGGAACUACGCUUACAAGUAUAACUACCAAUGCCAAUUACCGUAUUCCCUUUGCAGCGGUUAAGGACGCUACAAAUAACUUUGAUGAGAGUCGCAACAUCGGGGUGGGCGGUUUUGGUAAAGUCUACAAAGGAGAGCUUAAUGAUGGCACGAAAGUAGCUGUUAAAAGAGGAAACCCAAAAUCUCAGCAAGGGCUUGCGGAAUUCAGGACAGAAAUUGAGAUGUUAUCUCAGUUUCGUCACCGCCAUUUGGUUUCUCUGAUUGGUUACUGUGAUGAGAACAAUGAGAUGAUAUUGAUAUACGAGUAUAUGGAGAAUGGAACGGUAAAGGGUCAUCUUUACGGCUCGGGUCUUCCUAGCUUGACUUGGAAACAACGGCUUGAGAUCUGUAUUGGUGCGGCUAGAGGAUUGCAUUACCUUCACACGGGUGACUCUAAACCGGUUAUUCACAGAGACGUGAAAUCCGCAAACAUAUUGCUCGACGAGAACUUCAUGGCUAAAGUUGCAGACUUUGGACUGUCUAAGACCGGACCCGAGCUCGAUCAGACUCAUGUGAGUACUGCUGUGAAAGGAAGUUUUGGGUAUCUUGACCCUGAGUACUUCAGAAGACAACAGCUCACUGAGAAAUCCGAUGUUUACUCCUUCGGGGUUGUUCUCUUUGAGGUUCUCUGUGCUAGACCUGUUAUAGACCCGACGCUUCCAAGAGAGAUGGUAAAUCUUGCAGAAUGGGCGAUGAAAUGGCAGAAGAAAGGGCAAUUGGAUCAGAUCAUAGAUCAGUCGCUUCGCGGGAACAUCAGGCCCGAUUCAUUAAGGAAAUUCGCGGAAACAGGUGAGAAAUGUUUGGCUGAUUACGGGGUUGAUAGGCCGUCUAUGGGAGAUGUAUUGUGGAAUCUUGAAUACGCUCUGCAGCUACAAGAAGCAGUCAUCGAUGGCGAACCAGAAGAUAAUAGCACGAAUAUGAUUGGAGAAUUACCUCCACAGAUCAACAAUUUCAGUCAGGGAGACACAAGUGUUAACAUUCCAGGCACAGCAGGGCAAUUUGAGCAAUCGAGCAUCGACGAUCUCUCUGGUGUUUCCAUGAGUAAAGUGUUCUCUCAGCUUGUGAAAUCCGAGGGAAGAUAG